AUGGAUGAAACACAGAACAACAGGACUUCUCUGGUUAAAGGUGCCAAGGACAUCGCCAAAGAGGCCAAGAGGCACGCUUCCAAAAACUUAAACAAAGCCGUCGACCGUGCCUCUGAUGAAUACUCGGGUCAUCGCAGCUACAACCGAUUCGAGAACGAGGACGAAGAAGAGAACAACUACAAUUCUUACCAUCAGCAAGACGGUCACUACGCCGACAACGCGGCCAACGACGAGGACGGGGCCUCCAGCGACGCCACGGAGGGCCACGAUGAUGAAGAUGAGAUCUACGAGGGGGAGUACCAAGGUGUGCCGGCCUACAGCGACGGGAAAGCACGGGACGGUCAGGUGGCUCUGGGCCAGCCGGUCUCUGACACAAAGAGCAACAAGGAGCUGGAGAACGAGCGGCAGGCGGACGAGGAGGAGCUGGCCCAGCAGUACGAGCUGAUCAUGCAGGAGUGUGGACACGGGAGGUUCCAGUGGCAGCUGUUCUUCGUUCUGGGGCUGGCGCUCAUGUCGGACGGCGUGGAGGUGUUCGUGGUGGGCUUCGUCCUGCCGAGUGCUGAGACGGACAUGUGUGUCCCGAACUCUGGAGCUGGAUGGCUCGGCAGCAUCGUGUAUCUGGGGAUGAUGUUCGGAGCCUUCUUCUGGGGCGGCCUGUCGGAUAGAGUGGGCCGCAGACAGUGCCUGCUGAUCUCCAUGUCCGUCAACGGCUUCUUCGCCUUCCUCUCCUCCUUCGUCCAAGGCUACAGCAUGUUCCUCCUCUGCCGCAUGGUGUCUGGCUUUGGGAUUGGCGGAGCUGUACCGAUCGUGUUCUCGUACUUUGCCGAGGUUUUGGCUCGGGAGAAGAGAGGAGAGCAUCUGAGCUGGCUCUGCAUGUUCUGGAUGAUCGGAGGGAUCUACGCCUCAGCCAUGGCCUGGGCCAUCAUACCGCACUAUGGAUGGAGUUUCAGCAUGGGCUCGGCGUACCAGUUCCACAGCUGGAGAGUGUUUGUGGUGGUGUGUGCGCUGCCGUGUGUGUCUGCGGUGGUCGCUCUCACUUUUAUGCCUGAGAGCCCCCGCUUCUUCCUGGAGAUGGGCAAACACGACGAGGCCUGGAUGGUGCUCAAACAGAUCCACGACACAAACAUGCGAGCCCGAGGAGAGCCGGAGAGAGUCUUCACCGUGAACCGCAUCAAAAUCCCCAAACAGCUGGAUGAGCUGGUGGAGAUGCAGAACGAGUCGGCCAACCCGGUUCUCAAAGUCCUCUACAAGAUGAAGACGGAGCUCAGAGGAAUCUGGUUGACUUUCAUGAAAUGCUUCAACUACCCGGUGAAAGACAACACCAUCAAACUAGCAGUUGUCUGGUUCACUCUGUCUUUUGGGUUCUAUGGACUCUCCGUUUGGUUUCCUGAUGUCAUCAAGCACCUUCAGGCCGACGAGUACGCCUCCAGAGUGAAGAUCCACAACAGCGAACGCAUCGAAGACUUCACCUUCAACUUCACCUUGGAGAACCAGAUCCACAGGAACGGAGCCUUCAUAAACGACAGGUUUAUCAGUAUGAAGUUUAAGGCGGUGCAAUUCAUCGACUCCUCUUUCAUCAACUGCUUCUUUGAAGACGUCUCCUCUGUCGGCUCCUCUUUUAAAAACUGCACCUUCAUCGACUCCUUCUUUUACAACACAGAUAUCGACGACGCCAAACUAACGAAUUCGAGGGUGAUCAACAGCUCCUUUCACCAAAACAAGACGGGCUGUCAGAUGACGUUUGACGACGACUACAGCGCGUACUGGGUUUACUUCGUCAACUUCCUGGGAACGCUGGCGGUGCUGCCUGGAAACAUCGUCUCCGCCCUCCUCAUGGACAAAAUAGGACGCCUCAGCAUGUUGGGAGGCUCCAUGGUGCUGUCAGGCAUCAGCUGCUUCUUCCUCUGGUUCGGCACUAGUGAGUCCAUGAUGAUCUUCAUGCUCUGCCUCUAUAAUGGUCUCAGUAUCUCUGCCUGGAACUCUCUGGAUGUGGUCACCACUGAGCUGUACCCGACAGACAGAAGGGGCACAGGUUUUGGCUUCUGUAACGCUAUGUGUAAGCUGGCAGCAGUUCUGGGCAACCUGAUCUUUGGCUCGCUGGUUGGCAUCACCAAAGCCAUCCCCAUCCUGCUGGCCUCGUCUGUGCUGGUUGGAGGCGGGCUUGUGGGCCUCCGACUGCCAGACACUCGAGCCAAUGUCCUCAUGUAAACGUCGACACACAGCAGUAUGUUGUUUACCAGGUAUUCACUCAGUGUGCUGAAGAACCGUCAUGGUCUUUAAUUUACCCAAACAUCGCCCUGCAGUCAUCCCUCUUUGAUUUAUCGUUUGAUGAAUAAGUUCACAAACUCAUUACAGACGAGUGAUUGUUCUGUUAUCCCUGAGAGGAA